GUUUUGCAGUGAUGGACUGAAGCUUGAAACUGCAGUGCUGGAUGGAAAGCCCAGGCUAAUUUUGGCUUCUUCUGGUAUUUUAAAAAUUACUUAUCUCAAGUAAUCUUUAAAGCUUCUUGAAGUUAAACCUAACAUCCAAGAGAUCUAAAGCCCAGCUUUCCUGCAAUAUUUUUCAGAUUAGGAAGAAUGUUUGUGCAUUGUUAUUUACAAGACCUCUCUCUACUGAAUAGUAGGUUGAUAAUGAACUCUGUGCCAGGGAACAGCUGGCAAAUAGUCUCCACUGCUUAGCUGGUCAUUAAAAUACAAAGUUAAGUGCUAUUGUGUAUCAACUGGAAUAACUUGAUCAUUUCUGUAACUUUAUAGCAUGUUACAUGCCAGGAUGGAAGAGGCUUAGUAACUGCUUCAUUUACACAGCAUGACAUUACAAUCACAUUUUUAAAGUCGCUUCAGUAUUUGCAAUUAACAUUUUUAAUUUUCAAUAAGCAGGUUAUUUAGGCCAAAUCUCACUACUACUGUCUGAGACAUACUGGAAAAACCUAUGUUGGUAAUUAAGUGUUAAUAAAUUUAUUUCUGUGAUUUGUCAGACGUAUGUCUCUGCAAUAAAUUCCAUUUUUGUGAUUUGUCAGAUACACAUUUCUGUACAAGUCUAGUUUCCCUAACUGUUGUACGUAGGCAGGAUACAGAAAUUCUCCAUUAAAUGCUGUUUUAAUUAUAUUUCAUUUUCUGCAUUUACCAGACAGCUGCCUAAUGAGACAUUAUGUGGUGUUUUGAGCCAGGAAGGAAUUCCAGUGCUCUUUACAACCAUCUUUAGCAUCUUUGGCUGGGUGGGGGCAGUCUGUGUUCCAGAGUAUUCUAAGACAAAGCUUUGUGGUGGAUGUGAACCAGCCUUGAACAAGCAGUUUUUUCCUUGUUUAUACACUGAUAUUAACAGCAUUUCCUUGAACUAAAUGCUGUUUAAAAUUCCAUCAAAUUGUAUUUGUUCUGAAUUUUGGUUUCUGCACUGAGAAACAUUUUUAGGGACUAAAGUAGGAUUAUUCUGCAGUACCUUAAGCUGCUACUGGAAAGUUUUUCUCUCUUGCCCAGAAAAAAACCCAAAGAAAAUAGCUAUGUGUACAAGAUUUCUUGAGUACCACAUUCCCUCUAUUAAUAUUAGAACAUUCUUUAUUCAGAAGUAUUAUAUUGAACAUGCUACUUAUUAUUUUUGAGACUUCUACACCUCUAUGCAUCCUCCAGGAUAUGAGUUAAAAGACUGAACAGUCAUUUAGGACACAGGUGUGGGAGUAACGGAGACAAACAACAUCAUGGAACCAAAGAAGGCACAGGGCUCUCUGAGAAACAGUGAAUAGCAGGGGAAGGUCAGACUGGCACAGUAAUUUGAUCAGAUGUACAUUAAACUAUACAGGUUUUUUUUAAUAGGAAAUAGUUAUUGAAAUAGAUCUAAUUUUUUCCAACAUACUUCUGAAAUAUGUAUACUGAAAUAAGUAAAAAAAAAGUAAAAUAAUCAGGACAGAUGGUAUGGGAAAAGUACUUUCCCCCUGAUAUACAAAAAUUGGAUGAAUAUAACAUUUUACUAAUUUCUCAAGAUUGUUUUUCAGGAGCAAGUUCUUAUUAAAUACUUCUUUCAUAUGUUUGUGUUUGUUUCCCAAAAGAUAAAUCAAAGCCUGCCAUGAAGAUGGGAAAUAAAGCCAGAGCACCUAAACAGGCAUUGAGAAUGAAGCACACUGGGCUCAUCUUGAGGCCAACACAAAAUGCUUGUAUCAAGCAGGAAAGUUUAACAAAACCAAGGAGUGAAUCAAGAUUAUCAAUGACAAAAGGUGAAAAACUGCAAGUUAAUAAACAUUCCUCACCUGAAGCCACAACUAAAGGUUACUCUUUGAUUUUCCAAAGAGAUAAGACAAACAGAGAUCCUGAUUCAGAGGAUCCUAGUCUUGUGAAAAAAGCUAAACACAAACCUCAAGCCCCACAUGUGUCAGCUGAAGACUUAAAAAGUUUGGUGUGUUUAACACAAGCAGAGCUUCAAGAGAUUUUGAAGAUUGUUAAAGAAGGAAAGAGCAUCUCUGAUACCCAUGAAGGGCAAGAGGAAAUAGCUACUAAUGAGGCAUCAGAGGAAAAUGUUACAGCAUCACUCCAAAAAGAUUGUGAAGUAUCCCCAGUUCCAGCUGAAGCAGACUCUGAUUCAGGCAGGAAACAAGAAGCACAGCCACAGCCAGGACACAAAGUUAUAAAGGAUUCAUGGAAACCUGCUGACUUGUUUAGUACCUUGGGUGAAAGAGAAGGGGAGAAAGCCUUAUUGGAAUUUAAAAAGACCCAAUGGAAGAAGGAAUUAGAUGAACAGGUAGCACUGAAGAAGAAACUGAAAGAAACUUUGGAGGGAGAGGUGGGUUAUUUCUGGGCAAAACUUGGCACUAAUAAAACCCAUAAAGUGGAAACACCUGACCCAGACCAGACAGUGUUUCCAACUGACUCAGUUCAUGGCACUGAGGAGAACUCUGCCUGUACAGCUGCUUUAGCCACAGAGGCUGAUGGAGUUGCACUGAAUGUUCCAAGAGCUCCAGCUGGGCACUCUUCUGAUUUCAGUUGUUCUGACUUUCCAGCUGGCAGAUGCACAGCACUGGCUUUCAGGGAAGCUGUGCCACAGGAGCGACCUUUUAGUGCUUUGAAGCAGGAGCAACAGAAGAAGUGGCUUGAAGAGUUGAACAAGCAGAAGGAAGAAGCUAAACUACGAAAAAUAGAAGAAAAACUUAAUUUAUCAAAGGCAGAAGAGCAUGACAGAUGGGAAAUGCAUUUUGAUUCUUUUAAGAACCACUUUCAUGCUAAUGCACAACACCCCUUAAAUGGAAUGCACAGAAAGCCUGAAAGUCUUUCCCUGCCACCUGAGCCCAAGGACCCGGCUGCUUUCAUUCACCCUUUGUCACCUGCAGCUUUAGGCAAUCUCACGCCCUUACAGAUGGGAACUGCAGAAAAAGCUGCUAAAAAUGAUGCUUUGGAACAAAGCCCAAGAGUCAGUUUCCUCCGUUCCAUGACUGCUCUGCUGGACCCUGCACAGAUCGAGGAGAGGGACAGGAGGCGGCAGAAGCAGUUGGAACAUCAGAAAGUAAUAAUGGCUCAGGUGGAAGAAAAACGGAGGAAGAAACAACUGGAGGAAGAGCAGAGAAAAUGGGAAGAGCAACAGGAAGAACUGCGCCUGGCACGAGAAAAAGCACAACUGCAGAAACAGUUUGAAGAAGAAAUGCUGAAACAAAAACAAAAGGAGGAACUUGCAACUCUUAAAGCCAAAGAGCUUUAUCAGACAAUGGAGAAAGCUCAGGAAUUAGCCCAGGGAUCAAAACAAGAGCAGCACAUUCCAGACUUGGCUCAGAAGGCACAUGACAUUCCAGAACUUCACAACAGUCUUGGUGGUGCAGGAAGUCCUGAUCUCCCUGGUGGUGUGAGGAGUCCCCCUGAGCAGCAGGCUUCCCCUCGGAAGGACAUGGCUGUGCAGACAGAUUGCUUUAAUACUUCAGCAUACACUGAGUCAGCUGAGGAAAGAACUGCAGGUUGUGAAUCACCUGAUAUUUCCAUAGAAUAUAAAGAAACCUCUAACAGCAAAAAAUACCAGAAGGAAAUGCAGUAUAUGGAUAAAAAUAAACAUUCAGGAAAAGAGACUGGUGGUAUUUACAGUGAUGUAUAUGAGCAAUAUGCAAGAAAAGAAAAACACAUUAAAUCUUUAGAAAAAUACAGCAAAAGACCUGACUGGAACAUAAACAAGCCUGGGAAAAGAUACAUUCCAGCCUCAGAAAGGUACCCUAAACCACUACAGAAACAGAGGGAGGAGAACAAAGUGCGCCGCCAAAUGGAGCUGCUGCAGCUGGUGGAGAGGAACAGCCCCAGGCAGCUCAGUGCCAGGAGGGGGGGACACUCAGCCAGGUCCCUGUCACCUCGGGAAGAAACAGCUGUGAAGAGCAAGGGCCACAGAGGCAGAAAGGAAGAAAAAUUUUAUAAGAAUCACUUGAAUGAAGAAAGAUGUGAAUCACCACCUGUUCCAGCAGUUAGGAACAGAUUACUGCAAGUCCAACAAAGACAGCUCCAGAAUUCUCAUUUGGUGGUGCAUGAGCAGCACGGUGGAGGAGAGGCCAGCCAGGCAGAGUCCCAGCAGAGCAGACCUCCCUCGGCGCAGUUCGUGCCCUACGUGCGCACACGGGAGGUUUACUGCCUUCAGCCCGAGGCACCGCUGAGCCAGCACCCGCAGCUCCACGAUUCUUACCAUAUGCCACGACAGAUUUUUAGCUCAGAUCACGUUAGAGAUCCUCUUCUAAAUCCUGAUGUAGUUACAAUCAGAGAGAGACAACAAGCAAUUCUUGAAGGAUUGUCAAAAUUACGGCAGGGCCUCCUGCAGAAGCAGAAGGAGUUGGAGAACACUCUGAUUCCCAUUGUAGCUCAAGAGAACUUCAUGCCACCGUUUUGAGAGGUGCAUAUGAAUGUUCUGAAUUCUUAAAAUGGAAAUGCACAGCACUUUGCUACUGUAAUUAACUAUGAACCACCUCUAGCUUUUUUAUGAAAAUUAAAUUAUGAGAAUUUUGAUAGACUACAGGGUCAUGUUACCUUUUAUAUUGGAGAUACUUUAAACUCAUCAUGGUUUGUCUGUUUAGAAUGGUUUUUAUGCUACCUGAAGACAAGUGUCAAUUUAAUAUAAAACACCAAAAAUAGGGAAGUAAACUGUUACAUGGGUUUUUGUAGAACUCAGUGUGUGAAUUUUGAUAAAUAAAAAGAGUAAGAUGUAUUCUGAA